UGUAACCCUGCUGGUUUCCACCCCGAGAGAAAACACCGGGUGUUUCACUGUCUCACCAGAUUGGGAAGUGUGACCUUGGUGAACUGGGUUUUUCUGGCCUAAGAUUCCCAGCAGCACAAGGAAUAAUUAUCUUCCAAGUCAUCCUAAACUCAGACUCUGAGUCCAGCCAGAGACAGUAUCCAGGGAUGGUAGAUAACUGUCCACAGUCCUACCGGCUGUCUGACAUGGUGACAGACCUGAGCUCCUACCAGGUGAUGCCGUCACCGUUUUCAGAGGAUGACCUCAGCGAGUCGUCCAGCCCCCGUUCCUGUUCCAGCCCUGACUCCCAGGUGCUCAGCUCCAGCUAUGGCAGCAACUCCAGUGCUGAAAGCCAGGACAGCAUUCUGGAUCACCUGCUGUCCCAGGCGUCUUUAGGAGGUGCUAACUGUAUGCUGGCAGGGUCUGAGGCACCUAUAGCAUUAUCCACGUUCUUCUGGGACUCACGGAGAGAUGAGCCCCCCAAACGCGAGCCUGUAAAGAAGGAACAGUUUGACUUCCUGACCUGGUCCAAUGUGGAGACAGAGGAACAACUUGUAGGGUCCUUCCAGCCCACUCUGGAAGAGAUUGAAGAAUUCCUGGAGGAGAAUAUGGACGUGGUAACAAUGAAGCAGGAAAUCCGAGCGGGUUGUCAGGGGUUGGGAGUGGAACCGGAAGAGGCUCUUGGUCUAGAAGUUGGCUUGGAGUGGUGCACGGACACCUCCCUUGAGCCUAAGCUAGAGCCAGAGGCCACUUGUUCAGACCACCUGGCCAUGGCUGCCUCCAGCGAGACUAAAACUACAUCAGUUAACCACACGCAUGAGUCCAGCACAGGGUCCAAGAAGGCGUUAGUCAACAACACUCCAUCAGCAGACAGUGGUGGGAUGCCAGUCAUCCUACAGAUUCAGCCUCUCGAGAUCAAGCAGGAGCCCACAGUAGCACUUCUUACCCCAGUAGCCCAGCCUCCACCGCCUGCCCCAGCUUUAGACAUCAAAAUUGCCCAGCUAUUGGUCAACAUCCAAGGUCAGACCUUUGCCCUAGUGCCCCACAUCCUGCCCUCUCCCAGCCUUAACGUCUCCUCCAAGUUUGUCCGCAUUGCUCCCAUCCCCAUUGCAGCCAAGCCUCUUGGGCUCGGGGAUUGCUCAGCCAGCCAGGGCACAGGGGUGCUUGUUGGAGGUCAAAAGUUCCAGAAGAACCCAGUGGUGGACCUUAUCAAAAUGCACAAAUGCACAUUUCCCGGCUGCACCAAGAUGUACACCAAGAGCAGCCACCUGAAGGCCCACCUGAGGAGGCACACGGGGGAAAAGCCUUUUGCCUGCAGCUGGCAGGGCUGUGGAUGGAGGUUUUCCCGGUCAGACGAGCUGUCUCGUCAUCGGCGUUCCCACUCAGGUGUCAAACCUUACCAGUGUCUAGUUUGUGAAAAGAGGUUUGCCCGCAGUGACCACCUGUCAAAACACAUCAAAGUCCACAGAUUUCCACGAAACAGUCGGACAGUUCGCUCAGCCAACUGACGCCCCGCUGGGAUCCCUGGGAAUGCUGGGAUCACUAUGAUACAGAUACAGGCCAUGGAGGCAUGGUGCAAGUAUGCACUUAUGGGGGUGUGCGCAAAUCUUUGCACCACCAUCAUUGGUUCAGUUUGCAUAUGUGUAAGGAAAUCUGUACAGUCUGUGAUUGUUCUAAUUUAUUGUACAGGUAAACGGAGACAGUUCCCAUCAUGUCUGUAAGCAGCUGCUUUGGUACCCUGUACUCCUUACGUUUGUUCUUUCCUUCCUGUUGCCACAGCACAAGAUAAGAUGAGCUCAUUUUCAUUCAGGCAUUCCUGGCUUCUACCAGGAUCAAAACAACUGCCUUCCUAAAAACUGCCAGUGUCUUGGACAUUUCUCAUCUCAUGCAUUGUUGAGGACGUCAGAGGGAGUUACCUCGGAUCCUCAUAAGCUCCUAGAGUUACUGGUAGUUUCUCUUCCUGGGGUCCACAGAAGUUUCUCCUCUGGAGUUUUCUAUGAGAGCUUUGUCCUAGUUUUUGCUGCCGGGCACCACAGUUUGAUCGCAGAUGAAGAGUACCUUUACUAUUCAACUGGGCUUUGAUCCACAGAAGGAGAAACCUCAAGACCAACUACCUUUGUAAGCCUGCUGGGACAUGAGGAGAAUGGAAGAGAAACCCAAGAGAUCCAAAAGUAAAAUGCAACUAUUCUGGUCAGUGUUUAAUGAUCGUUGUUGUUUUAUGAAGCUGGGUCAUGUGUAUUUACUUGCUGGUUUUGAUAUGUAUCGCUGUUGCCUUACUGGACCUUGGAAUCCUUGUUUGAGAGCCACAUGGUUUGGGAAACCAGGCUUUUCAGUGAUCAUUAUUUUAAAAUGGUGUUACGUUUUUGUCAGCCUAGAAUCUCUGUUCCUAUGAUUUUGU